UCACGCACACAAUGCACUGCACGGCUGACAGGGGUUGUGUCUGUACAUUUUCGCGAUACAUUUUCCAAUUAUUCGGGAUCUUUAAAGAGAGGCAGCACUGAAGUCGUACUGCUUUUCUAUUUGUGUACUGGCAGACUGGAUUAGGAAUACUAUACAUUUCAUGAAGACGUCGCCGAGUACCCUCAACUUCUUCUAAACAUUGGAUUACACAGUGAAGGCUGCAUGUAGGAGUUGCCCAGCCCAAUGAGGGCUUGGCCGACACCCUUGUGUAUGGAACUCAAGACCGAGGCUUUGAAAUGCGGGCCUUAAAUAUUUUCUUUAUGAUGGAGGUGGAAGGAAAUCAUUUUCUUGCGUGAAGGAGCGACAAGCCGGGUCUAUUGGGCUGACCGGUUCUGAUAUAAACUUGCCCUUUUUCCCCAAAAAUGUUGUUUUUGGAUUAGCCUUCUAACUGCCCGUUCGGCUAGUUAGCAAGAGUGCUAACACUAACGCUACGUCUUUCUUUUGAUGUGGUGCGAAUCCGACCAUUCGCAUCGGCCUAGCAUUUUGACAGUGGAGCCUGUCCACGCUGCUGCGAAUCACCAAUUAACGAGAUUGCUCUUCUUGCUACCUGUAUUUUCAAAACUGUCUCAAGAAUACUUUUAUUCUUACGAAGUUUGCUGAAUAUAUUGUUAUCGCGGUGAUAGACAUGCUAAGGCUAAUUGGCUAACAGGCAAAACACGAAGGGAACAACCUAAUCCGAGGAGUCUGGACUGAACUGUCGGAACAACAGGAUAUUUCAUUCUGGCAGGCGAGCUUUACUUGUUAUUUGGAGACAACCCAAAUCGCAUCCUAUCAUUUACAAUUCAUGAAAUCGCGUAUCAUGGUGGCUUGUUUCCUAGCGUCGGAGAUCUGGGUUAUUGGCCUCGCUAAUUGGCUAACGUUAACGAUUGGCUAAUUCCCUAAAUUAUUUUGUCAAAGCCGGGUGAAGUGGUGGAGUUUAUAGAAUAACGGGUGUCAUUUAAUAAUUCUGAGGUAAACGAAAGCUAGAUUUGAAAAUAUAACUACUGUUAAUUUGUGUUGUUUUGUCAGUACGGCAGACUUUUCUUUUUGUUUACAUACGUACAUUUGGUUGUCGGCUGAAGUCCUUGCUCGCAAGCUAGCUAGCUAGCUAGCUAGCUAGCGUUAGCUUUCUACGAGACACAAUCAGCCAUGUCCUGACAUUUCUGCAUGUCAUGAACAUGUUAUGAAUUUCGCUAUACCUUAUUUUUCUUAUCUGCAUUAUAUUGAAAUGACACACAAAAUUCGGCGUAAGAAAGGCAUCGAUGCCGAAAUACUGUUUUCAGAGGAUUCUAAAUAAUAGACACUGGUACUAUAAACGCCAUUUUAAACAGAGGCUCCUCGGAGGGCCUGUGUGGUGGUGGUUCAUUUGCGGUUUGGUGCCUUUGACCGGACCAGGACUUGAAAUUAAGUGCCUUCGGACUGAUUGGAAAUAAAGGGUUGGUUUUAACAUGGAGGGUCCGAGCCGAAGCAGUGGUUUCAGGCAGAGCCGACGGUCUCGUUCCCAGCGCGACAGGGAACGGCAGAGGAGAAGAGUCGACCUGGCUGAACAACGAGCCACAUCCCUGUCCUCGGGCUCUGAACGUGAAGCUUGUGGAACAAACUCGGUUCUUGGUGCCGGUGGACGAGAAUGCCGACCCGGAUUUGGAAGACACAGGCCUCCUCGUCGGAGGAAAAGGGAAUCGAUGUCAUGCGAGGAAGACCUCAUCGACGGUUUCGCUAUUGCGAGCUUCAUCAGUUUCGAGGCCUUGGAGAUGGACUGCUCUCUGAAGCCCACCCAGCGUGCCGCUAUGCUGAUGGGCAGAGGCAACAAGAGGAAGAGGAAGCGAGGGCCGGAGGAGAACGGUGGAGGGCCCCUCUCGGAGCCCGAUGAAGGCGGCCCGCCCAGCUUCUCCCAUAGUUGCUGGAGCACGAAUAGAAAGAAGAGGAGAAAGACGGAUGUGAAGGGCGCCGCUGCACUCUCUUUGGAGACUGGCUACAUUUGUGACACUGAGAGUGAUUCAGGAGAUAAGGCCUCUGAUGGUUACAUGGACCCAGUGUUCACAGUCAGUACCAGGAAAGUGAUGGAGCCUACCCCUGUGAGCCUGGCCUCGUCCAUGGGCAAGAACGGCCCCUCUUUGCCCCCCCGGUGUGGAGGCAUCGCUCGCCUGAUGGUGACCCCCAGGGUGUCGGGCCUGGAGCGCAGUCAAGAGAGGAGCCUGGAGGUCGUGGAGCCUAUUUCUACUUCUUCUUCUACCUCUUCUGCCCCCUUCUCCUGCCUGAAGCCCCACAUGGCGGUCCCAUCCUCGGUCAACCGACCCAGUCAACGCAACGGCCUGCACAGCCGCCAAGGGCCCAGCCCUCCGCAGCCCAAACACAAACCCUUCCUCAUGCGUCCGCCCACUCCCUCCACUAGUAUGUCCAUGCCCCUCAUGAGGGUCCCUGGAUCGUCGGGGCCUAUGCGGCCCCCAUCGCGAGCCGGCUCUGGGGCCCUGUACACCUCACCUGGCCUUCCUCCGCCUCCGCCUCUCCUACAAGUGUCUGCACACGCUAAUGCCACAGAUCAGGAACUGCUGCGUCUCAACCCCCACUUCAUGGCCUCGCAGGAGCGCGACGGCCGCCGCAGCGCCCCCGGCCCCGAGGGCAACGCCGCGGGCGCCGCCGGCCGCUCCACGCCGGGCGGCCCGCCCACCUCCACCUCCUCGGCCAGCUCCUCCGGCAGGACGUCCCAGAACCAGCCCAGCAUCCCGCCCCUCAACUUCCAGAUCCAUCAGCACAACCACACGCACACGCACCAACACCAACACCAACACUUCACGCCCUUCCUGCACCCGACGGCCACGGCGCCGCCACUGUUUGAUAAAUAUCCUGGCAAGAUGGAGGGCUUGUACCGACACACUUUCUUCCCACAGUACCCCCCUCCCUCAGUCCCUGGCAUUCAGCCCGUCAUUCCCCCCACCGGACCCUUCAGCUCCCUGCAGGGAGCCUUCCAGCCAAAGCCUCUCGUCCCUCAGGGAACCGGUCCUGAGCUGACUGCCCGGCUGGGGGUUGUGCCACACCACCUGCAGCCCAAAGACCCCAGGCUAACUGAUCCAUUUGGGACAUCGUUGAAAGUCAGUAAUAAACCGGGAAAAUGGUGUGCUAUGCAUGUUCACGUGGCCUGGAUGAUCCUAAGCCACCAGAAGAAGGUGAAGCUGAUGCAGGCUGAUCCUCACAAACUGGACUUCCGUAAUGAGCUGUUGGCCCGCAUGCCUGGAGCCGGGGGCCUGGGCCCUCUGGGGCCCAUGGGAGGAGGCCUCCCUCCGUCACACGACCUCACCAGACCUGCCAGUCUGUUCACCGUAGCAGGUGGAGUCCAUCAGUCCUCGGGUCCUUUCAUCCCUCCGUCAACGCCUCACUCGUCUUUCCUCAAUCCAGUUGCACACCUGGAUCCAUAUGGCCGCUCACCACCUUUUACUCCACUGGGAGCGCUAGGCUCUGGAGCCUUUGGAGGACUUGGUAGCCCAACACUGGGUGGCUCGGUCUUCGGCCACAAGGACUCCCCGGCCAGUGUGGUCAGCGGCAUGUCCAACCCCAACCACCACGACCCAUGGAACCGCCUGCACGGCGGGCCGCCCGGGUUCCCUGGGGGUCCCAGCUGGGCCAAGGGGGCGGAGAAGCGGGACGAGAGGGACCGAGGCAAGGAGCUGGACAGGAGAGACGUCCCUCACAUCAAGGAUGAGAAAGACAGAGACAAUAUGCUGUACGGCCGGCAGCCUGUGAGGAUGUCCCCCGUCGCCCCCACCUUCAAACCCCGCAGCAGCACCCCGGUGUCCCACCUCAACGGUCACGGCAGCGGGCUGGGGGGCGGCGGCGGCGGGCCCAUCGAGGAGCUGGCCCGCAGCAUCAACCGGGACGGCGACAAGAGGCCCCCCAUGCAGAUGAUGUCUUCGAGGGGGCCACCGCUCGGCCCCUCCUCUCUGGUGUCGGACCAAGAGCGGCCCAGGUCGUCCUCGUCCUCCGUGCUCACCACGCCCCCGCCCUCCAACCGCUCGGCGCCCUCCCCCUUGGACCUGUACCCCCGCGGCCCCCCGCACCCCGCGGGACACGGCCACCACGGCGAGCCCCCCCACGGCUCCUCCCAAAGAGACACCCACCCGUCUUCCUCCUCCGGGUCGGCCGCCGGCCCCAACAUGAGCCUCGGCAAGAAGCCCGACCGGACCCCCACGCCCGUCUCCAAACAUCCCUUCCCCAUGGCCCCCGGGAAGAAGGCCGACCGGACCCCCACGCCCGUGUCCAAACACCCCCUGCUGCUGCCCCCCGUCAAAGUCAAAGAGGAGCGCAAAGAGGAGCCGGAGCACAUACCCAUCACCCUGCACCAGCCCCCGUCCCACGGCCACGGCCACGGCCACGGACACCCCCACCCCCACGGACACCCCCACGCCCACGGCCACCCCCACGGGUUUGAGCGUCCAAACAGCCGCUCCCACCAGCCCAACUCGGGCUCCUCUUCGUCCAUGUCCCUCACUCCGACCCCGGGGGUUCCCCUCCCCACGCAGCACCCGCCCCCCCACCACCACCACCUGUCUCUGCUGGAGCACUCCAGGGCCAUCGAGGCCUACCUGGGGAGCGCCGCCGGAGCCGGGGGCCUGGUGAUGGGCCCAGGGGGGGAACGCUUUGCCCACGGCCCGCCCCAGGGUCCGUCGCAGAACCCGCACACGUUCACCUGGGACCCCUGGCGGGAGCUGGCCGCCCAGCAGCAGCAGCAGCAGCGCAGGGAGGCCAUGGCCAUGCGCUCGGACCCCCACCUGGCCCUGCGCUCGGACCCGCACCUCGCCCUGCGCUCGGACCCCCACCUGGCGCGACUCCUCCAGCACCAGCACGCUCAGCGCUUCCUGGAGGCGGAGCGGGCGGCGGCCGUGGCGGCGGCCGCGGCUAACCCCCACCACCCUCAGACAUCUACCUCUUCCGCCGCCGUUCGCCAGGAGUUCAGCCUCAUGGCCCACCACUUUGACCGGCCCCCCCAGCUGGGGCCCCCGGGCGGCGGGCUGAUGGACGAGGAGCAGCGAGCCCAGAUCCUGAGGGAAGACUUUGAGCGAGCGCGGUACUUUGGCAUGCACCCGCACCCCCACCCGCACCCGCACCUCUCGGCCGGCGGCCACCUCCAAAGCCAGUCCCACGCCGCCACUGCCGCCCACCUGGAGCAGCUCCACCCGGGCCUCCUGGCCCACUCGCUCUCCCACGGGGGCCCCGCCGGCCCCCAGCACCACCCGGGCCUGUACUCGCGCCUCGGGCAGCUCCACCCGCACCACAUGUCCAACGGCAUCCUGACCAAGACCCCCGGCGGUCUGGUCGGGGCGCUGUCGGUGGGCGCGCCGCCGCCCCUCAUUCCCUCGGUGACGAGCCGGUCGUCCACGCCCCCCCGCGGCUCCAGAAUGGGGGGGCCGGGCGAGAUGACUCUGUACAGCACCCAUAAAGACGGGGAGUCCAGAUAGUACAGGCACAACACUGGAGAUCAAGGGAAACAUAAGGAUCACUGUGCUGCUCUCAACCUGCCCCCCCCCUCCCUCCCCUCCCCAUCCUCUGUAGUCGUCCCUGGCGACGGGCUUCUGCAACGCCCGGCCUGCCCAGACCCACAACCAAACACGGGUCCAGUCGCAACCGAGGGGCCGAACCAGGUCCCGGGAGGGGACAUGUGACACUCAGAAUGACAUGGAAUAAUAUCCCCCUCCCAAUAGUUCUAUCAGUGCAAUUUAAAGGUACAUGUUUUCUGUGCAUCCUUGUGUAUUUUUAUUUUAUAGGCUGUUAAUACAGUAGUUAUACAGGUAAAUCUCAUGUUCCAUGCUUUGUUAAGCAAGCCUUUUCCUGUUGGAUUAAAACAAUUAUUUCUUCCAGAGGGGUGUGCACUUUCAGAACACGUGAAAGGUUACUCCUUUUCUUGUUUAAACUCUACGGGAUGUUCUAAAUCCCUCCUCUACAUAAAUCAUGAUCCUGUAUUUCGGAUGAUGCCUUACAAAAUACAGUGGUAACGGGAUGUUUGGGUUUAAGUCUUUUGUCUCAUCAUUGUAAAGACAAAUUACUCUUGAAAUGUAUGAAUUAACAAAGUUCAGUGCACAUCUGUACCUUCUCUGCCUCACCCUGCAAAAUACACACCCUGAACUUGACCACUUCUGUGAUUGAAGCUCCUCCACUCUGUUUUCACGGACGAAUAUGAAGUCGUUGCGUUGUGUGGGUGCACACAAUAGGUUCGGACUUCCAGUAACUGUUUCCCCACUCCUCUAAUUUGGUAUAUGGCCAGGACCAGAUUAUAGUAGUAUAGUGAAAAUGCCUUUGUAAUUAUUAUUCUCAACAUUAAUUAUCUUCUAUAAUAAUAAUAUUAAAUAUAUUCACUGUUAUGUUAUUCGUCAUUGUUUCAGGUAUCAAUCAGUACCCUCUCCUGAGGUAGUCAUAAGUAAUUAAAGUAUCAUGCAAAUAGCUCGUUUCCACGGAGAACUGAACCGCUGGUGAACGGUUAGCCAGAACCACAGCGACCUCUUCAAGGAUCUCAUGGCUGUUGUGCGAGGAGGGAGGUCGGCCCGUGGCGUUGGUGGUGUGUUACAUUACAUUUGGGACUUGGAGGCUUUUAUGUGAAUAGCAAGAGAUGUUUCGUUCACAAAGAUAAGUUAUAUACAUUGGAAAAGUUGGGACACCUGCGUCAAGGACAGAAAUGUAAGGUCUUCUGUCAAAAGGCAACUGGACUGUGGGUAUACUGAGAGGAGGAAAGACAAUGGGUCAAUUAUUUUAAUAUGACCAUUUUAUACCUUUCAAAUCCCCUCCCCUAGAGACCACAUAUAUUAAUUAUUAAAUGAAUUGUUGUUUACUGA